AUGGCCGUCGAUGGACCCUUCGUCCGGACGGUCCCGGAGAGUGGGCAGAUCAUUGUGGACCAGGGCCAGAACGCCAGCCUGGAGUGUCACGCGCGCGGCAACCCCAAGCCCAGGGUGCGCUGGAGGAAAAAGGUGCACAGCACGCACAGCAUGGUGGAGCUGAGCCGGGGGGAGCGGCUGCACCUGGCGAAGGUGACGCGCUCCGACGGCGGCCUGUACGAGUGCGUGGCCGACAACAGCAUCGGCGACACGGUCACCGCCCCGGUCAACCUCCAGGUGCUCUACAAGCCGGAGACGGAGGUGGAGCGCAGUACCGUGUACACCGGGGAGGGCUUCAAAGCGCAGUUAGUGUGCUUUGUCCACGCCGACCCCAUCGCCGAGGUGAAGUGGAGCCGAGUUAACUCUCCGAUCGACUAUAGUCGAGCAACGCUGUCAAACGACAUCAUGAUCGGAACGCGCCACACGCUCACCAUCGACAACGUCCAGCUGGACGACUUUGACACGUACAUGUGCACAGCGCGGAACGGGCUCGGUUCGGCGUACAGCAAGAUCGCGGUGUCAGGGGUGGCCGACAAGGUGGAGGUGAUCAGUACGCCGAUGGACGGGGACUCGGAGUCGUACGACCUCGCCUGGAAGGUGAAGAGCUACAGUCCGAUCAUCGAGUACAAGAUCGCCUACCGCAAGACCAAGUUGAACUCGACCAGCCACAGCCCGGGCCGGUGGAAGGAGGUGCUCGUGCCCACGACGGGACGGGAGCCGGUCGACGACAUCCACUUCCAGCAGCAGGUGACGCUGACGAAACUCACAGCCGCCACCGCCUAUGACCUGCACAUACAAGCCAAGAACAAGCACGGCUGGAACCGCGUCUCAAACACCUUCCACUUCUCCACCAUCGGCAGAGCGAUGGAGUCGCGCAGCCUCGCCGCCAACCGCGGCUCACGCCCGGCGCUCUAUAUUCACCUCUACUUCAUCCUGGUGGGCGUGGUCAUCAGGAGCAUCGUCUGAGGUCACGGCACAUAUUCCUGCCAUAGAUAUCAGCCACCCCGGUAACUGAAGACCAUUCGCGGAAAUGCUGAACCCCGGGGACACCAGUGCAAACUCAGGACGGCUGAGGCAGCGGCAGAACGCAGUCGGCAUGGCCGGGUGUUUUCCCGCCGCCGUGGGCGGGGCAGCGGGUCCGGAGAGCAAACACAGAUCGUGGCAAUGCCGAGGUGGGCUGGUGACCACGCUGACUCUGGGGUGACAAGCGUCGGACUUAUGAGAGCACGCGCGAAAGCUGCUACUGGCGUCCACGUGUGCCACAAGCCGCGUAUGCCGGCUUGAGGAUGUCACGUGCUGCGGGCGAUACGUGUAACGUGUGAAGCACGGCAUGUCCACGUGGCGAGGGUGGUGCAGCCACGGUUCGCGUAUGCGCGCGUACGUACGUGCGCUAGUGUGUUUGUAUGUGUGUGCGUGCGUGUGGCGUGCCUGUGUGCGUGCGUGCGUGCGUGCGUGCGUGCGUGCGUGCGUGCUCGUGUGCGUGCGUGCGUGCGUGCGUGCGGAGCGUGGAGCACCAGAGCCCUCGGGCGGUAGCCCACCGACGGAUACGAGCGCCCUACAUGUUUUCUGUGUACUCCGUGGACCGGUCUAGUGCCUUGAUGGAACAGCCACGGACCGUAUGCCUGCUGUCGAAUAGCGUCGAACCACAAAUAAACGGUGUCGUCGACCGGUAGGGUGUACGGUGCCCCUGUGCAUAGGUGCGUCACAUGUGUGCAUGCGCAGUAUUCUGGUGUAAAUACAUCCAAUCUUAUUGUUUUA